AUGAAAGGAGAUAUUUUGCAUAGAGAUAAUUUUUUUCUCACCCUUUUCAAUAGAGUAAAUUUGCUUGAAUACAACUAAAGUUUUACAGAUGAGAAGUACCUUCAAGAAUUACACAAAUCACAAAGAAAGCUAAGUAUUGAAAGGGAAAAUGUUUUGUCAAAUAAUUUUAAAUUUUCUGUCGGAAUAGUAACAACUUUAGCACUAGUGGGAAUAAUUCUGUAAAAUAUUUAUGCUGCAAUUUUGAGCGAAAACAAACGUUUUAUUGGACUUGCUUUAGUUCAGACAAAAAAUGAUAAUAUCUUUUUAUUUUUAAUGCAAUUACUUAAUUAUUUCGUAAAUACUGGCAUGAUUUUAGGGACUUGCUACCUCAAUAUAUACUCUGAAGGCAUGAUUGAUGAUAAGUAUGGAACAAAGUUGCAUAAAAAAAUAGGAAAAUUAAUAUAUAAGUUUGGUUUGUUCUCAUCAGUACUUUAUUUUAUUGAUGGAUUUAGUAAAGAUAUCAACUUCUACAUUAUAACAAUAGCAAUUAUAUAAGCUUAUUUUUUGAUAAUGUGUGUUUCUACUGCUUGUCUAAAAUAAUAUCUCUCACACAGAGUGUGGUCUUACUGUUUAAAUACACUGUUUUUAUAAAUUGCUUUAAAUACCUAUUUGAAUUAGCUUGCAAAUUAUUUUGAGCAAGAAUACCUAAUCUCCUAUUGUUGCUGUCUCUCAAGUAUAUUUUGUAUCUUAUAUUUGUAUAAAUAAGAACUUUCUAUAGAUAAAGUUGUUCCUAAAUCUAAAGCUACAUUUUAAAUUUCCCUUGACUCAAUAUCUUAGAGAGUGAUAAUUGUCAGUGAAAAAAUAGAAGAAAAUCCUUUUAAAACUGUUUACUUUGAUAAAAAUAUUAUUAAAGCAAAUUUAAAUUAUAUUUAAAAGGCUUUUUAGUUAUUUGCAAUUUUUAUUUCAAUCACGUGGAUUCUGCUUGAUCAAUUCGCUGAACAAAAAACCUUUGAAUUAUUUAAAGUUAUAGCUAUAAUAUUAUUGUCAAUAUACUGCCUUAUUGUUUUUAUUCCACUCAAAUUAAGACUAAAAUAAAUGAAAAAGAUUAAGAAAUAGUUAAAAAAAUAAAAUAAAUUGAAAAAUAAUAAAGUUGAUUGA